GGGCGCUGGGGCGCGGGGCCCGGGCGGCGGGGGCGCAGGCGGCGGGCCGGGCCCGGAGGCGGCGGGCAGGAGCGGGCCGGAGCGGAGCGGGUCGGGCCGUGCUGCAGCGGACGGGCCGGUGGCUGGGCGGCCGGCGAGCCCCGGGGCCCGCGGGCAGCGCCAUGGCGGAGACGAUCAUAAUCCGCGUGCAGUCGCCAGAAGGAGUGAAGCGCAUCACGGCCACCAAGCGAGAGACGGUGGCCACGUUCCUCAAGAAGGUUGCAAAAGAAUUUGGUUUCAGGAAUAAUGGCUUUUCUGUCUACACCAAUAGAAACAGGACAGGAGAGAUCACGGCGUCACAAAACAAAUCCCUCAACCUACUGAAAAUCAAGCAUGGCGAUAUGCUGUUUCUCUACCCCUCGAGCCCAGCUGGCUCCUCCUCAGAGACCAUGGACACCUCUGUCUCCCAAAGCCUGCGGCCCAUGGGGGCCCCCCAGGUGGUGGAAGAUGAGAUCGACCAGUAUCUGAUCAAACAGGACGGGAAGAUUUACCGAAAUCGAGACCAGCAGCUGUGUCGCCACGGCCCCUUGGGCAAAUGUGUGCACUGUGUACCGCUGGAGCCUUUCGAUGAGGAUUAUUUAAACCAUCUGGAGCCUCCAGUGAAGCACAUGUCGUUCCAUGCCUACAUCAGGAAGCUGACCGGAGGGGCGGACAAGGGGAAAUUUGUUGCCCUGGAAAACAUCAGCUGCAAGAUCAAAUCGGGCUGCGAAGGGCACCCUCCGUGGCCAGAAGGCAUCUGCACCAAGUGCCAGCCAAGCGCCAUCACUCUCAACAGACAGAAAUACAGGCAUGUUGACAACAUCAUGUUUGAGAACCACACAAUUGCAGAUCGCUUCCUCGACUUCUGGCGGAAGACGGGAAACCAACAUCUCGGGUACCUGUACGGGCGGUACACAGAGCACAAGGACAUCCCUCUGGGCAUCCGCGCCGAGGUCGCUGCCAUCUACGAACCCCCACAGAUCGGUACACAGAACAGCCUGGAGAUCCUGGAUGAUCCAAAAGCCGAGGUCGUGGAUGAGAUCGCUGCAAAGCUGGGCCUGAGAAAGGUUGGCUGGAUAUUCACCGACCUGGUCUCUGAAGACACACGGAAAGGGACCGUUCGGUACAGCAGAAACAAGGACACGUAUUAUCUCAGUGCAGAAGAGUGCAUCACAGCUGGACACUUUCAGAACCAGCAGCCCAACAUCUGUCGCCUUUCUCCAGAUGGUCAUUUUGGAUCCAAGUUUGUCACAGUUGUGGCUACAGGUGGUCCCGACAACCAGGUCCACUUCGAGGGCUACCAGGUGUCGAAUCAGUGCAUGGCACUGGUUCGGGACGAGUGUCUGCUGCCGUGCCGGGACGCGCCGGAGCUGGGCUACGCCAAGGAGUCCAGCAGCGAGCAGUACGUGCCCGACGUCUUCUACAAGGACAUAGACAAGUUUGGCAACGAGAUCACCCAGCUGGCUCGCCCGCUGCCGGUCGAGUACCUCAUCAUCGACAUCACGACGACUUUCCCCAAGGAUCCAGUCUACACUUUUUCUAUUUCUCAGAAUCCAUUCCCCAUUGAGAACCGCGAUGUGCUGGGAGAGACUCAGGACUUCCACAGCUUGGCCACGUACCUGUCCCAAAAUACUUCCUCCAUUUUCCUAGAUGUCAUUUCUGAUUUCCAUCUGCUCCUCUUCCUGGUCACCAACGAGGUGAUGCCUCUGCGGGACAGCAUCAGCUUGUUGCUGGAAGCUGUGAGGACCAAGAACGAGGAGCUGGCACAGACCUGGAAGAAAUCAGAGCAGUGGGCAACCAUCGAGCAGCUCUGCAGCACGGUGGGUGUGCAGAUCUCAGGACUGCAGGAGUACGGUGCCGUGGGCGGCUCGGCACACGCCGCCUCGGCGGCCGUCUGGGCCUGCCAGCACUGCACCUUCAUGAACCAGCCGGGCACGGACCACUGCGAGAUGUGCAGCCUGCCCCGGACCUAGCCGCGCCGGCACCGCGCCAGCGCCAAUACACAGCAAAACCUCGAGCAGCAGCAGUGGUGCUUGUCCCUUCCCCAUCCUCCCUUCUGCUUCCCCCACUUGGGUCCCCCCAGGGUGCGGAGCCGGGCAGGGGGUGACUCCGGCCCCCCUCGGUUACCCCUUGCAGGAGCUGGGAGCCCGGCUUUAUCAUGCUGCUUGGGAAGCCAAUGCUUAACCUCAGCCUUUGCCGCGCAGGGCUGGGCUGUCCCCCUGCCGCCCCCAACUGCUGCCGUGGGCUGUUCUGGGGGCUCGGGGGAGCUGUGGGCAGCCGGGCCCCUCCCUCCCUGCCCACAGCAGCCUCCUGGGCUUGGCAUCUUGACCGCAGCUUUGCUCCCCUUUCCCCGCCCCCCUGGGCUGCUGCUGCCAGCUGUGGGUGCCCGGGUGCCGGCAGCUUCUGUGGUAAACAGCCCCGGCAGAGUGAGCAGGCGCCUGGCACCAGCACCAGGCCAGACAUGGCUCUGCCAGGCUGAGCCCCGGGCGCUGGCACCACUCCCAGAGCAGGACAGGCCCCCCAGCAGCGGGCAAGGGGUGGGCAUGUGCCAGCCCUGGCUCGACACCGCCCCCGCGGCACCAUGGCCACAGGCCCUGCUCACUCCCGCUCCUGCGCUGGGCACCCCGAGUCCAGGGGCUGUUGGGGCUGGGGAGGGGACAGAGAGGUGACUCUGGUGUCCCAGGGGCUCAGCCCUCUCCCAGGGCACUGGCACAGAGCCCCCCAUCCCCACUGCUGUGGGUUCAGGCCUUAAUUAACCCCCCGGGGUACCAGUUCCUGCCCCAUGCCCUGCUCAUGGCAGGGAGGGUCCGUCCUGCACCUGUGAGGCAGGGACGCCCUGUUCCAAACGGCCACCCCGACCCCCUGCUGCUGCUGGCGAGCGCCUGCCCGAGCUCUGCCGAAGGCUCCGUCCUCCCCGGUGUCACCGGAGCGGCUGUGCGGCCCCAGGGGCUGUGGUUUGCUUUUCCCCGCGGUUUGCUGGUGUGUGGGGCUGCGGUGCUGGACUGCGCUGACCCGGGCGCAGGGUCUGUGAGUAGCAUUUAAUAAAAGCACCUGAAAGGAGAA